AUGGCCGAAAUAGCGGGGCUGGUUCUCGGCGCUAUUCCUCUGGUUAUAUCAGCAUAUGAGCAUCGCAAGACUCUCCUGGACUCCGCAGAGGCAUUCUUUCACGGCAAGAAAGACUACGACAAGAUUAUAAGACGACUGCAUAUAGAGUACGCAUCAUACGAUCAAAACAUGCGAUUACUACUUAUUCGUGCUGUCAAUGAAGAAGAGCUGGAGCAAAUGAUUAAGAACUCGCAGCAUUCUCUUUGGAAGAGCGAAGCACUCACACGCAUGCUCACGAAGGAGCUAGGAAGUGCAUAUGGACCCACGAUGGGAUUAUUGGAGGACCUCGGUGAAACUUUGAGCGGUAUCGUGGCCAAGCUGGGUAUAAGUGGCUCAGACAAGGUAAAGCAACUAGGGCUUGCUAUCAUAAUCUCUUCGAACCCCCCCAUUUCGAACUCUCAGGACCCUCAAGAGCGUUUCAGGUUUGAGAAACGGCUCGAGUUUACCAUGAAGAGGCGAUCUGUGGACAAAAAGCUCCAAGCAAUCACUAAGUUCAAUACCGAUCUGCGUAAUCUUUUGCAGGGGGCAUAUAAGAUAAACCAAUUCCAGCAAGACGAAGGCUUGUGCCAUAAAGCCCGCAUUCAGUUCGUUGCCCCGCUGCAGAGCAUCCAGCAGAACGCCUCUCGGCUACACAGAGGCCUCCAUAAGAGAUGGUGUGGAACACACGACUGCCACCGGGCAGGCCUCCUCCUCGAACAAAGGCUACACCGAAAACGAAUUCACCGACAAGGUCUCCUCAAAGAUGGGGGGAAUUUGGAACGAUUCGGAGUUGCAUUGCCGAGAGUCGAGGAGAAAACUUGGCUCGAUAUGGAAAUCCGUGUCCUUGGUGAAAGCAUUCCAGAAACCAGUCCCAAGAUACCAAAGAUAAGAUUUGCCAUGCCUGGGCCUUCGUUUCCACCGGCUCCACCGGCUUUAGAAAUCGACGACAUCUGCUCUGCGAUUGCAGGAGCUAUGCACCCUCAGACUGGACUAGAUUUAGAUUCUUCAGAUGUAAUGCGAGGACUCUACGGGGUGGACACACAGCAACGUCAUCUCGCCCAAGAUUUAAUCACGUUGGACAAGUUCCUGGCUACGAAUACAAUGCGAUUAGGAAUGGGAGACAUGCUGUGCUUGGCGGUUACUCUGGUUUCAUCCGUGAUCCAGCUUGGGAAAACACCUUGGCUAGUAGAACCAUGGAGCCGGCACAAUAUUGUCUUUCUGCGUCUUAAGGGCGAUGGAAACUCUCAAAUAGAUGCCAAGCACCCGUACUUGGUCUACAAGUACGAGACAGCUCAGGCGGGGCCACCACCCCAGAAUUCUGACAGCUCCAUGAUACUCUGCAGUCGUCAAAGUAUGCUCUCUCUUGGUGUCAUGCUUCUAGAGAUUCACUGUGGAACUCCUCUGGAGGAUAUGACGAAGCAACCCGAUUUGGGCCGCGAUGGCUUACCAAAUGAAGAAACAAGCUAUACCACUGCAUCAAGGGUACUUGAGGAACGAAUCAACGAUGGUCAGGUAUCCUUUGGUUUUAAAACAGCCAUUGAGUACUGCCUUCACUUUUAUAGGCAGCCGGACGCGUCCUUUGAGAAUGCGGAAUUCGUGCGGUCGAUAGAGGAACAGAACAUUUUCCAAUGGUGGGCAAAAUUUGUAAAUAGGUGCAUACAAGCUGGGAUUCAUUGUUGGUUCAUUGUAAUUUUCAUAGUGCGUUGCUUUAGAAGAUAA